GUCAACAAUGCGUACAGUUGCGAACAUGAAGUAUUUUUGGUUGAUUCUGGUGAUCGCAGUUGGGGCUGCAGAUUCGAUCGUCGAGAAGGCAAAUCUCGAAACUGCAAAUCUCACAAAGGGCACUAAACAUUAUCGAAUGGAAUUGCUGUUCAAGGCGACGUUCUUUCAGGCGUCCAUGUACUGCUCCAGAUUGGGAAUGGAAUUGGUCAGCUUCAACAAUCUACAGGAGUUCGACGAGUUGAAAGACUUUCUCGUGAAGACACUGCCGAACGCUAGAUGGAGCCAGUUUUGGACGUCCGGAGUGGCGAUGGGACCGCUGCAGUUCGGUUGGAUCAACACCGGUUUACCGAUAACCGUAACGCACAAGUGGGAAUACCUGCAGCCCAAUAACUUUUUUGGACUCGAAAAUUGCGUCGAAGUGAAAUUUCACGAGAGCAUCAACGUGAUGCUUAUGAACGAUAUUACUUGUUUGGCACUCAAUUACAUCGUCUGUCAAGGAUACACACUGUAGGGCAGUGAUUUCCAAACUUGAUGUUACUACGCCCACC